AAUAGUAGUAUUACUUUGCCACAUAUUUGAUACUGUCGUACACUCUCCUGUCUGGUGCAGCUUGUUGUUGCAUAGUGUCUUUUUAAAGAUAUAUUAUGCUCUGUUGUAUUUAGUGAGCUUAAAUUUUAGACACGUUUAAAUUCUCCUUGACCCUCUUCUGAUAAUGUCUGUGAAUGAAACAUCAAAUUUCUCCAUGUACACAAUACCAACAUGUUCACCUAAAAGACUUUCCACAGCAACAUGUUCAUACAGAGGACCUACUCACUGACCAGCAGCUCUGUAACCAGGAGAGGAACUUCAGUCUGGAGCUGGAGGAACCAGGGCCUCCUCAGAUUAAAGAGGAACUCGAGGAACUCUAUUGUAGUCAGGAUGGAGAGCAGCUUGUACUGAAGCAGGAGACUGAUGCCUUCAUGUUGACUCCUGCUUAUGAAUCAAACAGCGACAAGCUUUUAUUCCACAACUCUCAUGUAGCUGAGAGCCAAGAUCAGAAAGAAAAUAAACACUUAGACUCCGGAUCAACUACAAAGGCAGAGCCGGAGAAGAGGCAUCAGAAACACAGAAGUCACUGUAACACGGGUAAAACAUCUUUAACAUGUGAGGUUUGUGCAAAAACCUUUAAAUAUAAGUCCCAAAUGAAGACGCAUCUCAGAAGUCACACAGGUGAGAAACCAUACGCUUGCAACACUUGUGGGAAAAGGUUCUUUCAGCUGUAUUUUAUGAAAUGUCAGGAAAGGUCUCACACGGACGAGAGGCCGUAUUGUUGUGAAACGUGCGGGAAAAGUUUCAGAAGAGGGGAAUACUUGUUGGUCCACAAACGGACCCACACAGAUGAGAGGCCAUACUUUUGCAAUACUUGUGGGAAAAGAUUUUGUGCCGUGUCAUCACUGAAGUCUCACAGGAGAAUCCAUAAAGGGGAUAAAACAUUUCCUUGCCAAAUGGAUACGAAAAGUUGCAAUAGUUUGACGGUCGACACAAAAACUCGCAAAGUGGAGAAGCGCUAUUCUUGCAACACGUGUGGAAAACGUUUCACUAGAAAUGGUAACUUAUUGAGCCACGUGAGGAUUCACACGGGUGAGAAGCCUUACCCCUGCAACACAUGCGAGAGGCGGUUUAAAGAUCCGUCAGCGUUGAAAUAUCACUUAAGAUCGCACACAGGUGAGAAGCCCUACUCCUGUGACAGCUGUGGGAAAAAAUUUCUUUGCUUAUCAAAUUUGAAUAACCACACAAGGACACACACAGGGGAGAACAGUCCUGAAACAUUUGUGGGAAACUAAGCUUGAAAAUCAUAAGAUUAUGAACCGAUUAUAGAUGGAGGUUUCAGAUUUUUACUUUCAGUAACUGUCCUGUGAAUUAGCUGCAUGUCACACUGUUAUAUGGCCCUGAUAAGGUCUGGUUUCAGUAUAUGAGUUAAAAUAUUUAUUUAUUUAUUUAAGUGGUGAACUGAUGUGAAAGCUGAGAAACCAAGUUGUUCUUCCAACGUUUUCUUUUAAUUUUUUAGUUCAAUUUUAUGUCAUGAUUGCAUCAACUUUUUACUGUUUCAAGCUUUGGACAUUAACAAGUUGCAAAUGUAAUUAUAUGCACUUCCUAUACAAACUGUCUUUAAUCAAAGUAGAUUGUUAACAACGAUAUUCGUCUUAUUUCAGUGCUGGUAAUUCAAAUUGAAUCACAAACACUGAUGGAUUAAAUCUGUGAGUGGAGGUAAUGCAUUCAAUCAUCUGUGCCUAAAGGGAUGAGGGCAGUCAAAUGCUGUUGUUCUGAUUUCGUGUAUUUAUUCUGACAAUAAAUGUGUUGUGUCGAGGGAA